AUUUAAGGAGUUGGAAAAAAAAAAAAAGAACGAGUGGUGUUGCUCUGUUCACCUUCCUCUUCAUCUUCCCCUGUCUCCUUCUCUCUCUAUUAUAUAUACAAUACCAAAACUCUUCUCUCCCUAAAUCUCUUACCCUUCCACCUCUCUUUUUCUCUCUGCAUUAUCUCUUCCAACUCGCUUCUCAGAAUGGGAACUACCAAUGGAACUGAUUAUGGUGCUUACACAUACAAGGAGCUUGAGAGAGAGCUUUAUUGGCCAUCUGAGAAGCUCAAGAUAUCAAUUACUGGCGCUGGAGGUUUCAUUGCAUCUCACAUUGCUCGUCGUUUGAAGCACGAAGGGCAUUACGUUAUUGCUUCUGACUGGAAGAAGAAUGAGCAUAUGACUGAAGAUAUGUUCUGUGAUGAGUUCCACCUUGUUGAUCUCAGGGUUAUGGAGAAUUGUCUCAAGGUUACUCAAGGAGUUGAUCAUGUCUUUAACUUGGCUGCUGAUAUGGGUGGUAUGGGUUUUAUCCAGUCCAACCACUCCGUCAUCAUGUAUAACAACACUAUGAUCAGUUUCAACAUGAUUGAGGCUGCUAGGAUCAAUGGGAUUAAGAGGUUCUUCUAUGCUUCUAGUGCGUGUAUCUAUCCAGAGUUCAAGCAGCUGGAAACUACUAAUGUGAGCCUGAAGGAGUCAGAUGCUUGGCCUGCAGAGCCUCAAGAUGCUUAUGGUUUGGAGAAACUUGCAACCGAGGAGUUGUGCAAGCAUUACAACAAAGAUUUUGGGAUUGAGUGCCGCAUUGGAAGGUUUCAUAACAUUUAUGGUCCUUUUGGAACAUGGAAAGGCGGAAGGGAGAAGGCUCCUGCUGCUUUCUGCAGAAAGGCUCUCACCUCCACUGAUAGGUUCGAGAUGUGGGGAGAUGGGCUUCAAACCCGCUCAUUUACCUUCAUCGAUGAGUGCGUUGAAGGUGUACUCAGGUUGACAAAAUCAGAUUUCCGUGAGCCAGUGAACAUCGGAAGCGAUGAGAUGGUCAGCAUGAAUGAGAUGGCUGAGAUGGUUCUCAGUUUUGAGGAGAAGAAGCUUCCAAUUCACCACAUUCCGGGCCCAGAAGGUGUCCGUGGCCGUAACUCAGACAACAAUCUCAUCAAAGAAAAGCUUGGUUGGGCUCCAAAUAUGAGAUUGAAGGAGGGGCUUAGAAUAACCUACUUCUGGAUAAAGGAACAGAUCGAGAAAGAGAAAGCAAGAGGAAGUGAUGUUACGCUUUACGGGUCAUCAAAGGUGGUUGGAACUCAAGCACCGGUUCAGUUGGGCUCACUCCGUGCGGCUGAUGGAAAAGAGUGAAAGGAUGGAUUUACCACAGUAUAAGUGGCACAGUAUAAGUGGCCUUUUAAGUUCAGCAAAAUGUUUAGAUAUACGCUUUAGGUAGCUUCCUACUGAAAAAAAGCAAUUAUAAUAAGUGUUUUGGAUUUGGGUUUUCUCUCCUGCUCAUCUCUCAUUAUUUCUGCCGUAAACCCCUCAUUCUUGUUUAUUUUUAGUUGAAAAAGUUUCCAUCGUUAAGUCCA